CCCACGCAGUGUUUGCAGCCCAGAAUCACAUCCCAGGACCUCCUCCCAGCUGCAACGUCGUGUCCUGGGGUGGGACCAAAGGCACAGAAAGGAAGGCAGUGCAGCACACCACAGUGACGUUACGCAGCACCGAGGGAGCUGCUGCUCACUGAGUCCCAUCACCUCCCGGAUCCAUCAUGGGGUCCCCAAUGAAGAACUUGCUGACAGACCUCAGCCGCUACGUCCGCUGCUUCCAUGUCUUCCUGGCCAAGUCUACUGAGCACCAGACCAUGAAGCAGUUUGUGGAGCAGCAGCUGCCAGGCCUGCUGGCAAGUAUUGGAAGCGGGAAGUCUGCAAUCAAUAUUCUAAGUGUCGGUGGUGGAGCAGGUGAGAUUGACCUGCAGAUCAUCUCAGCUGUGCAAGCCAGUUAUCCAGGUGUCACCAUCAACAAUGAGGUGAUAGAGCCAAGUGCUGAUCAAAUCCUCAAGUACAAAGAACGUGUGGCUGCCACCUCAAACCUCAACAAUGUAAAGUUUACCUGGCAUGAGGAGACAGCUAAUGAAUAUGAAAGGAGAAUGAAGGCAGAAAAGAAGUCUCAAAAAUGGGACUUCAUUCACAUGAUUCAGAUGCUGUACUAUGUGAAAGACAUCCCUGCAAUUAUCCAGUACUUCCACAGCCUCCUGGAUGCACAAGCAAAGCUCCUCAUCAUUCUGGUGUCAGAAACCAGUGGCUGGGAAACACUCUGGACAAAGUAUGGUUCUUCCUUUCCUACAGAUGACCUCUGCACUUUCAUAUCCUCUGCUAAUAUCAAAGGGAUUCUGGAUUCAGUUGGGCUGAAGUACAAGAUCUAUGAGCUUCCAUCCCACAUGGACAUAACUUGCUGCUUUACUGAAGGGGACAACGAUGGGGAACUGUUGCUGGAUUUCUUGACAGAAACCUGUGAGUUUUCAAAAAAUGCUUCUCCUGAACUAAGGCAACAGGUACUGGAAGAAUUAAGAAAGCCGGGAUGCAGUGAAAACAGAAAUGGGAAGGUGUUUUUUAAUAACAACAUGAGUGUGAUAAUGGUUGAGCCCUGAAUUGAGAAAAACGAAUGAUGAGAUAUAAAAUAUUAAGACUUGAAGUAGGGGGAAAAAAAAAAUUCUUUACAAAUGGUUCAAUUUACAUAGUUUAUUUUUUGGAGUCUGUUAAGAAAUCAUUACUAACAUCUGCUGUUGUAAGUGAUCUUUAAAAGCGAGAUUAAUUCUGUAGUAAUCUAUGAAGGUGUAACUCAGCAGUAAAUUGUGUUUUAUCAUGUGGAUAUGGUAUAAUCAGAUAUAACUUGGAUCAUCAGCUCAAACACUGCAGAAACCAGACCACUUCCUCUGGCUGAUGGUUAAGAAAUAAUCAAGAACUAUACAUGAUUAUGUCAUAUGCAUUUAAAAACUCUCAGCAAAGUACACAAAUUACAGCUUCUCAGUGCCACUUUCAAGACCGGAGCCUUGAAACAACCAACUGCUUGGGUGGCUGCUGAAUAUGUUGAGUACCUUAAGCUUGUUGUGACUUCAAGAUCUCAUGUCUCCAGUUACCACGAAAGUGACCUAAACCUUCUGCAUGUGUGACAUUUGCCUGCUCCUGCCUCCACGUGCAGCUCUGUGUGAUAGCACUGCUUUCCCAUUGCUGUAUUUUCACUUUACUCUUAUGAUAUUGCAACAACAGUGUCCUUUCCCUGUGGUUCAUAUAUAUGGCAGCUACACAUGCUGGGCUGUAAAAGCACUUUGGGUACUGGGUCCAUACUGGUACUGAAAGAUGGAAGCAAAUAAAGGUGGUCAUGGCAGAGGAUUGUUGACAGCCAAACUGGAGGAGUGGAUUUCACUGGUGCUAAGCCUUGGUUAGGAAUCAGCUAUUGCUGUAAUGGAGGGGCUUUUUAUUUUUUGUUAAAAACAUAGGCUUUCUGGUUGUGGCCUAUGACUAGCUCGGCUGCAAAGGGCCAUGCUCAUGUUUUGAGCUUUAUAACUUGGAAGACAUAAAAUCAACCCUGAAGCUGAAGUGACAAAUUUCAGUGGGAUUUCUUUCCUUGUCUGUGGAAUCUCGCCAGGUCAAUCUAUCCAGAACAUGGUAGAAGAUGUCCAGCAAAAAUGUACUUCUCUUCCCCAGCCCUUUCACCCUCUGGGGCUGUCUCUGCUCUGGUAACCAAUGUAUUUGUUUUGCUGAAUGCUUUCAUGGUUUUAAGAAGUGCAGCGUUCUCUACGAGGUGCAACGCAGAGUGGAAUGCAAUACAGCCGCUUGGAUGACUUUAAUAGUCUGAAUGCUUGGUGUAUCCAGGGGGACAGGUGUGAUGUCUGCCAUUGAAAUAGCUCGGUUCAGUGUGAGAACGGUGUACUUUAGCUAAUGCUUCAGUGGCAUGAAAUAAUGUUUUAUUUCUACAUAUGUAUUUCCAAUAUAAUGUGGAUGAUUGAAGAUUUGAGGUGAUUUACAGGAGAAUGCAUCAGACAUUAAUACCCAUUUCUGUUCAUUUUAGGCUGAAUUAUUUGAAACGCACACUUUGCCUAGUGAUCAAAUAUUAAUUCCAGCGUGUUUUAGAACAUUUCCACAGCAUUUCUCCACUGUUGAACAGAAUAAUAUCUAUUGCCACUUUCAUAUAGAUUCCUGCAUUAGGAGACCUCGGAACAUCUAUAAGCUGCUACAGUGAUGUGCCAGAAAGGGAUAGAAAGAAAAUCUCUCAUUAGGACAGAUUCCUGCACGCGCCUCUAAUGGAAAACAAAUUAAAGCUGCAGCUAUUUCCAUAGCACUUUUGUGUCAACGACCUCUUCUAAGUGGUGCUGGUGGAGGCAAUGACCUCUGCAUAUUGCCACACUGACCCUGGAAGAAGUGAUGUCUCUUUUGGAGGCCCUAAGAUGCCAUAACAAAAGAAAAAGCCUAACAACAACAGGGGCUGCAUAGCCCAUUCUGUGAUUUUUCACAGGUUCAAAAUAGCAGAAACAGGCAUUUUAGAGUUUUCUGGGGAGGGCUGUUCUGAAAAUUUGGGAAUGGUCCCACCUCACGGUUGAGCAGGAAAAGAAGGUAAACAACAGAGAGGAUCUGAAGGGACGAGAGAGGAUAUGAGCAAAAAGGGAAGUGGAAAGGUGAUUCAGAAGAUGAGAAAUGGAGCGCUUGAUGGGUGUGUGCCUUUAAAUGCAGCCUUGUUUCAAAGCAGAUUUCACUGGGGAAAUGGCACCGUCACCCAAGCUGGAGAGGAAAACUCCUUAUCUCCACACUGUCGGAUCCUCUGCCAUGGUUUUGAGUACUGAGGAGAACUUCAUUGAAAAAAAAGGGAGAAAAUGCAGUGAAGUUCAUUCUGCAUAGGUAGUUGCUUCUGUUGGGCUGAGGGAAGGCUGAAUUACAAAAGAAAACAUAAGGAAUGUAUUGUUUUUCAUUUUAAAUCUGUAACACAAACAUUUCCAAAAAGUAAAUGCUGCCAGUAUUAUUUAGUAGGAAAUGAGUGCGGGGAAAGACAAUUUUAUAUUCAUUUUUUUAAAAUAAAUCUCUCUUUUGUAUAUCUCUCAAAUGCUUUCCUAAUAGCCUGAAGCGCCACAUUUUCAUGUGAGCAUCACCCUGAAUUGCACGGCACGAUGCUGCUGUUCCAGAGCAGGCCUGGGGAGUCUGACCCCAACACAGACUGGGGUUUUGUGUGGCAGUUUUGAUCUUACUUGCAUGCUCUCCACAUGGAAUUAUCUGCUUUCCUCUCAAAAAGCCCACCUUAUCUCAGCCAGCAGCCUUCUCUUCUAAAGGCACGUUUCCAGACUUCACUCUUUGCAAACCCUUGGGGGCCAGUGGGCCAGGUCUGCCUUGCUCACAUGCCUGCAAGCUGCAUUUAUACCUAUAAGGUGUAAUUAUAUGCUUUUUGCACAGGUUUGCUAAGAGCAAUGGCCUUACACUGUCAUAAAGCAGGCUGAAACACAAAAGGCUUCAGGCAGCUCGUGUUAAAGACACAUCAGUAAGGAUCCUGGUCUUCUCAGGUACAUCCUUCCUGCAUCACAUACAUCUGUGCGAGCAGCUUCAGGUCUGUGCCUUUAAAUCAUACCUAGGAAAAUAUUCUCGCUGCUCUGUUAAUUACAACAGCAAAUUGAACAAAUGUACUUACAGCUCAGUUGCUGUCGCCAUUUCUACAUCAGUGUAAUUCAUGCUUGUAGCCCAUGAUAGGAUUUUUAAUGUCAUUACACAGUAGGGCAAAGUCUUCAUUUUUAAUAAAAAUACAAAUGCUAAAAUGAAAUGGAUUAAUAUCUAAUUUUACAUCUUCAUUUACAUGAUGUGCAAAAUUAUCUUAAAUAUUUGUUAUGGAUGGAGUGGCUUUCCACCAAUUUAAGCUUUUUUCGAACUGGAGAAUGUUAACAUAAAUUGUAGCAUAAAUCAUUGCCUUGUAGAGUACCAGAAGGCGCAUAUAAAAACCCAUAUCUUUACUGCACAUAUUUCCCAUUAACCAUAAUCUAUUAGUAAUUGAAGUUCAUUACAAAUUCUUGUAGACUUUAUUGCUAUCAUGCUGCAUGACAUAGUGAACCUGGCUUGCAUAACAAGAAGUCCUUGCUGGGAAAUAUCCUAUUAACAAUGACAGUGCAUUUGUCAUUGCGAUAAUAAAUCCAAGAGCUGCCUGUAGAUUAUAAAUUAUUGCGGCGCCAUUUCCACUGUUGUAGUUUAAAAGUUUUGUCAGCACUUCCAUUUUAAAGCCCUGCUUUUCAGGGAGUUAUAUCUUGACCAUAAAAAUCUGCAACGAGAUGAAACUCAGCUUACAAGUUCUCAGCCUGAGAGCACGUUUCUUUUCCCAGCACCAUUCCUACUUCAUCCACAUGAAAGACUGAGAAGCAAACUCCGUGGUUGUGGAAGAUUUUUUUUUCUCUAUUUGCUUAGCUUCUAAUUGGAAAAAAAAAAAACCAGGCCAUUUGACAAGUAAUUUGUCCAUAAUCUUAGAAUUUAAAAUAUAACAUGGCAAAAAAGAUGGGAGCUCACUGAUUUUCACAACUGAAAAGCCUCAGACCUCAUCUCCAGGACUUUGGGGAUGCAAUGGGCAAGUCUUGGUUCUUUUCAAAGGAGAAACUGAAAAGGAAUGAUGUUGCCUGCCUUGCAAAGGUGUUUUGAGGAUUAAUUAUGAGUUGAAAUCCUGGCAUCCACUCAAGUCAUCCUCCAUCAUGUCUAUACAAUUCUUUGAGCUUUAUGUAUGCUUUAAGUGUUAUUAAAAGAAAAUUGCCACAGAGUUGAACUUUAAGUGUUAAUUAUGACUGGAGAUAUAAAUGACAUCGGGUCAAACCUUUCCCAAUUUAACUCCGUAAUUGACUUCAGCUCGUUACACCAAGGGAGAUCUGGCUAACUGAAUGCAUCUGCCUAUGAUAUUUCUCUGCUGCCUAUAGCAAUGUAUCUAAUUAGCUGGACGUAAGCAUUAUGCUUCAAUGACUUCUAAAUACAGUAGGGUGAAGCCUUCACAUCCCUAAAAUGACCUGGAAAACUUUCCUCCCACCAGCAAGGCAGGGUUUUCUCUUCAUCCUUCAAUACAUGUCCUGUCUUGAAGUACUGCUUGUGUUUUCAUGGAACUGAAAAUUGAUUUUGCUGUGAAUAUGGUGAUCAUAUUCACAUCUUUUCACAUCCGAAGUAUCUUCCAUGUCAAAAUGUCCCUAAUUGUUUUAAAUCUUGAUAUGCAAACUGCUGAGGUGCAGCAAUCUCCUGGUUGAGAUUCAGCAGCUGUUGACUGCAUUUCAGCACCAUUUCACAGAGAUUUACAGUGGCUGACACCAAUGGAAGCAAAUACACGGAGAAGCAGAAAGCAAACACUGGAGCUGGCACUGCACUGGUGUGGGCAUUACCACCACAUCUCCUCUGGCCAACAUUACUGCCAGAUUGAUGCUUUCCUCAUUCUUAGAAGUGGUGGGAUGUGGUUUGGGUCCAAUAGUGGCUGAAGAUGAGUCCUGGUGCCCAUCACUGACCCAGCACAUUCCACAACAUGGACUAGUGAUAGGAAAGAGUGCUUGGGACCAGCUUUGAUGCUGCAGUCCUACUUGUGUACUCCAUCACAAUAGUGAUGACGAGUGGCUCUUCUACAACACAUGAAGUCAGCCUUCAUUACCUUGCACUCCCCAAGUAUUUAGAGUUUCCUUGCACCUCAAAAGCACUUCACCAAUGGCCUCUGCUAUCCACUAUAGUCUGUAUGACAGGUGGAACUGGAUCUGAUGGGUGUGAGGGUAUCUUCUCUCCUUUUCUUUCAUUCCUCCUUUCACUCCCAGGUGAAUGAGGAUAAGAUGCACGGAUGUAUGGACUCAGGGUGGUCCUGGUGUGACUCAGAAUGGUGAUGUUAUUCGAAAGCAGUGAACUGCUCUAAAUAAGCACUGGAAAAAUGACCAUGGCAUGUUACGGAUUUCUUACUCUGUUUUAUAUAUUCUGCUUGUUUUGUAUGUUUGGGCCUGAAGCCAAAAAAGACCCUACACCAAAAAUCAAACCAAGCCAAACCCCAAACCCCACAAACAAUAAACAAAAACAGCCUCACAACCAAUAAACAAACAGCCAAUUAAUGACUCUUUGUUUGCCUUAAGCCUAAACCAUAUCAUCCUUUGAUGUUGUCAUUCCCAAUUUGAAAUUCAUAAAUCUCAUAGCAUUACUUUCCAGUACAAAUAGAAUACCGGGCCCCAGUAUCUUAAUGCUACAAGUAGGUAUUGAUAUUUUAUAACAGAGUGACUUUGCAGAGGUGUCAAUGAGAUAUUUCUUUUGGUGAGGAUAAACAGAAUAUUUGCCGUCAUAAUUAAUUUCUUUGUUUUCUUACAGAAAACAACAUUUUGGGAGGCUAUUUUGAGGAUCAGGUACAUUACUGUGGAUCCUGGCGGAGAUGAAUUAGUGGCUGUAGUAUAGGUGAUCUUGCCAGCAAUGAAUAGCAAUGCAAUUUAUCAUACGCUCCCGUAAUUUAUCUCGUGACUAUAUAUUAGAUUAGAUAAAGACAGAAAGACAUGAGAAUUGAAUUGACUGAACUAACACUGUAAGCUUACACCUGGUUUUAUUGAGGCUGACAGGGAGAUUUCUGUUGCCCACAUUGCAAUCAGCAUUCAGCCUCACAUUUUUAAUUUGCUUUGAAGUCUGAUCUUGUCCAGCAACAAGAAAAAGGCAAACUCCACAUUAAAGAGUUUGUUAAUCAUCUCUGUUAAUUCAUAGCCAAUACAAAUUUUUCUCCAGUGUGUACUCCAUACUCAAUCAUUUCAGAGUGGUAGUUAUAAAAGAAACUGUUGAAGCUUAAAAAUAACUGCAAUAAGCAACUGUGAAACAGACACAAACACUCAUUACGGGCUACCCCAUUUUCAAGGUAAAAAAACAGUGGUUUAUUUUGUUCCCUUCCAACAGAAUCCAUGCUUCAAAAUCCACUUUUCAUACCAAAUCAGUCUGUCUGUAAGACAAACUGUCUGCAGCCCAGAGUGUUUACCUACACAAAGAGAUAUGCUAUGCUGCCUGCAAAUUCUGUAACACCACAGCUAUGGUCUUUGGGCUCGUUGCAAACCAGUGAUGGAUAUCUGUUCCUCUGCAUUGCUUCCCUAUCAUAUCUCUUUGUCCUGCUGCUAUAAUCGAUCACAGAUUUUUCCAUCAGGCUUUGUGUCAGGCUGGGAUAGUGAACAUGACUUGCUUAGAACAAACUGCUUCAAAACGUACCAAGCUGAGCUCAGGAGUCAAACUGCUCUAAAAAUGAUUGUUUUGGGCACGUCUGUGAGUCCCAUGCAGUACCAGGAAGUCAUUAAUGUGCUUUGAUGUUAAGGGUUUGGGAUUGCUAUUCUCUAACUAGGAAGCCUGCCGCAGACAUCUCUGCACUGUGGAGCUGGGUUUUAAAUAAUGAGCAUUGCCUGCCUCUGCAUUUUCCUGGUUCAGAAGGAAAUUGCAGCAUGGGAGUCAGUAGCUGGGCCUGGAUGAAUUUGCACAUAAAUUUGGGGAUUCAAGUUACAAAGUCACACUCAAGCUUUUGUGUUAGGCACUUUCUGCUUGCUAUCAGGAACAAAAAGGAAUGAAAGCAGAACAGCCAUCUCUGCUCUGCAUAGAAAUAUAUAUUAAAGAUUCACAUUGCUUGGUCUUCAUAGGAGAACUAAGCUAUCAGUUCCUGACUUUAAAAGCUCUCCCGGGAUUACUGUUUGUUUUUAUAGUGCCUAGCACAAUUGGGUCCUCUUGGUUGGUGGUUUUUUGAUGCACCUGUAGUAAAAAUAGCACAGGAUUUUAUUUAUUUAUGUUUAUGUGAAGGAAAGAACAUUACUUAUGGAAGAGAAAUGUAAGGACUCGAUCCAGAUUUGACUAAGGAAGUUUGGGAUUUGUUGUCUUGCAGGUAAACCUCCUGAGCUGGGCAAAUGAUGUAAACCAUUGGGGAGCUGGCCCACAUGACAGAGGAGGGUAGUGCAAAUUACCUAGGAAAACCUAAUUCUGGCAUGAUUUAUAGAGAGGGUACAACCUCCCUGUAGCCAGGAAAGGGACACAGAUGCUGUGGUUUCCUGUUCAAAUAGCUUAUGGACAUGUAGGGUCAUUCAUCACACAUUGCUGUAGAUCCCAGGCCAACAUAUAUAAAAGGCUCCCUCACAGCAAACACAGCUUUCUCAUCUCCCAUCUGCCUGCACCAGCCCUGCUAAUUACUUCCCUUCUCAUUACCGUGUUGGCUACAGCUCACCUCCAAGCCAUGUUGAUGUGCCCCAAGGGUUGCCUGUGCUAUCAAAAUAAGCCCAGGAGUUAUUGCUGGUUAAGCUCAACCUCUGGAUGAUUACAAUUCCAUUUGGAAAGCAAACUUGCUCCAAAACUGUGGGAUUUUUUCAGUUUGCUUUUUAGUUAAAAUAAGAGGUGCUACAGCUCAGUUUCUCAUCUAUAUAUGGCUGUAGAUGAAUGGUGUUUGAGUUUUUUAUCUAGGACAUGUACCUCUGCUUCAGAGGAAGAGGUCCAGGGUUGUAGAUCAGUGGCCUGGGCCAGAGGGAAGGGGUAGAAGUGUCACAGAAUAGAAUCAUAGAAUCAUUAAGGUUGGAAAAGACUUCUAAGAUCGUCUAGUCCAACCAUCCACAUACCACCAAUUUUGCCCACUAGUCUCUAUGUAUUUUGAUCUGUUGGACCAUUUGCAACCCAGCCAGUGCCAUAAAACGAUGCUCAUCCAAACCCUCACCCUUGCUCCAAAAGAAAGGCAAAAACACUGAAAGCAAUCCCAACCUCAGGGCAGCAGAAAAAGUACAGUGAGAAUGCUGUGAUUCAUAUCCGAAACUGCAGCUUUUGCCCACCACGUGCCACAUCACUGCUGAAGGCUUUGGGGGCUCACAGCUACACAGAACACUGGGGAUGGAGAAGGACAUCACUGCAGUGAGAAUUCGGAGAUCAGUUUAAGAUCCCCCCAAAAUUGCUGAGUGCUCUUUUAAACACAUCAGCAAGUUCCUGGCUGUACCAGCACAAAAAGAGUAGGGAAUCGAAAAUUGUGUAACAGAGUUUUAAUUGCUAUUCCUCUUUUACUUUCCUAGAAAGCAUUAAAAUUUAUGAUGUGCCCAAAUGACUGACGCUUAAAAAAUGCUUCUGAUUUUAUUUUUAUACUCAUUGUGGCCCUU